CUACUGUACAUGAUAUCUUUAUCUUCUGGUAGAUGCACAAUACUUGUACAUUAUUCGUCUUAUGCAGCACAACCUGCCAUGCCAGACUUCAUAUAGAGAUUGCAUUCAUACACAGCAUCAUGAUGUGAAACAGCAGAUGAGCACUGUGCUGUUUGUGAGGUGGGCUUUGCAUCUGAAUGCGGAGGCUUGAGGAGGUGGGAGCUCUGCUUCAGCUCGGAGUCGGAUUUCAGUGUUUGAGGGAGUCUGGACGAACUGAGACUGCUUUGUUCGCGUGGAGCUGCUGGGUCCCGGCGGGUGUUCAGGAGAGGAGUCUCUGUCGGCGCGAGCGCUGCAGCUAUACCGCGCGUCAUGGGCCGAGCGAGCGACUCAGCGCUGAGCAGAGUGUGGUGCUGGAGUUUCAUCGCUGUGUGCAUCUGCUCUUCUGCCUCAGCCUUGCUGCACUUUGACUCAGAGCGGGCCUCGAGCGCUCAGCUGGACCUCACCGAGCUCAUCGGCGUUCCUCUGCCUCCGUCUGUGGCCUUCAUCACGGGCUUCGAGGGCUUCCCGGCGUACAACUUCGGCCCGGACGCUAACGUGGGCCGCCUGACGCGCUCCUUCAUCCCCGACCCGUUCUACCGCGACUUCUCCAUCAUCGUGACGGCCAAACCCAGCUCUCGGCGCGGAGGAGUGCUGUUCGCCGUCACAGACGCGCUGCAGAAGAUCGUCCAUCUGGGAGUGUCUCUGGCGCCGGUGGAGGACGGGUCCCAGCGCGUGGUUCUGUACUACACCGAGCCCGGGGCCGUGCACACGCAGGAGGCGGCUUCCUUCAAGAUGGGCGAUCUGACGGGCCGCUGGGCGCGCUUCACACUGACCGUACAGGGAGAGGAGGUGAGGCUGUACAUGGACUGUGAGGAGCACCAUCGCGUGGCCUUCCGCAGGAGUCCAGACCCACUCACCUUCCAGCCCAGCUCCGGCAUCUUCAUAGGGAACGCCGGGGGAACCAGGCUGGAGCGCUUUGUGGGCUCGAUCCAGCAGCUGCUGUUGACGGCGGAUCCCAGCGCUCCGAAUGAACAGUGUGAGGAGGACGAUCCUUACGCGUCUGGAUACGGCAGCGGUGACAGCAUCUACGAUGACACGGAGACUCCAGACGAGGUCAAGAAAGUGCUUGAAGAGAGAGAAUAUACGAUGCCGGAGGAUAUAGAGUCCGGUCCGAUGAGAGCGCCACCUACUGAAUCUCCCUCGUUCUUCACUGAGACGGAUGAUGAGGACCUGGAGGAAGGCUCUGGAGAGGACAUCAUCAUCAUCAGUGGUCCGAAAGAGCGGAUCAGAUCAGAAGGAGCUUCACAGGACAGAAAUGUCAUUACCAUGCAGAAAGGAGAGAAAGGAGAGCGAGGUCCACAAGGCCCUCCAGGACCCGCUGCUCCACACACACCAGGAGAGCCAGGGCCCCGGGGCCCGCAGGGGCCACCAGGACAAGACGGCCAGCCUGGUGAUCCAGCGAAAGAUGGCGCUCCGGGAGAGGCUGGACCUCCGGGAUUCCCGGGCCUUCCUGGAGAUCCGGGUCCCAAAGGUGACAAGGGUGAUCCUGGUGUGGGCAUCCCGGGGCCGCCUGGACCUCCCGGACCGCCAGGGACAUUCAAGUAUCCGGACGGCAUCGACGGCUCCGGAUCAAGCGAUCUGGAUUUGGACAGCGACACAGAGCUGAUACGGGGUCCUCCAGGGCCGCCGGGGCCACCGGGCCGUCCAGGACCUCCGGGCCCUUCUGUCGGAGCUCAGCCGGGGCCGAUCGGGCCUCCAGGAGCUCCUGGAAAAGACGGGGAGACGGGGAAGCCUGGACUCCCGGGUGAAAAUGGGCGAGACGGACAAACAGGCAAAGAAGGAGAGAAAGGACGGAAAGGUGAACCAGGUUUACCUGGAAUCAUGGGACCAAAGGGGGAUGCAGGCCAGCCGGGGCUCCCAGGACAGACGGGAUCUGAGGGCCCCAGGGGUCAGCCGGGCCCUCCGGGGCCUCCGGGAAAAGGCUUCAGCUUUGACAUGAUGGAUUUGGAGGGGUCGGGUCUGGAUGGAAGCAGUGGUUUCAGACCUGUUCUGCCCAGAGGACCACCUGGUCUUCCUGGGCUCCCAGGACCUCCAGGGCCACAGGGGAAAGAAGGAGCCGUCGGCCCUCUGGGUGUUUCAGUGAAGGGACCAAGGGGUCUGAAGGGUGAUACCGGGGCCCCGGGGGUUCAGGGGCCUCCAGGAUUAAUGGGUCAGAAAGGAGAGCCGGGGAUUGUGUCUAGAGUUCAUGCGCCGCAGGGAGCGAAAGGACUGAAGGGAGACUGCGGCGUUCCUGGAGCUCUGGGUCAAACGGGCCCCAUCGGACCCACUGGACCAAAGGGCGAGUUUGGAUUUCCAGGACGUUCAGGUCGUCCAGGAAUUAACGGCCGUAAGGGUGAAAAAGGAGAUUCUGUCGGUUUACCUGGCCCGCCGGGGCCGCCGGGGCCUCCAGGACGAGCGGGAAUCUUCAGCUGUCCUAACGGAACCGUGUUUCCAGUCCCUCCUCGACCCGGCUGCAAAAUACCCGUUAACAGUGAUUCUACACAAGAGGGCGCCAGCAGCUCAUCGUCUGGACAGGAGAGAGCUCUGCCAUCAUCAUCAUCAUCAUCCUCCUCCGGCGACACACUGGGAACCAAAGUCACGGCUGGUAAAGGUGACCAGGGUUUCAGAGGAGAGAAAGGAGAAGCUGGGAUGCCAGGGCUGCCGGGGAGAUCAGGUUCAGCACAGGGACCUAAAGGAGAAUCUGUUGUUGGACCCCCUGGUCAUCCAGGACCACGAGGACCCCCUGGUGCACCGGGUUUCGGGAGAAGUGGCGUCGCUGGACCUCCUGGACCGCCAGGGCCUCCCGGACCUCCUGGACAACACGGAUCUGGCUUGAUGAUCCCUGGCCCUCCUGGACCCCCCGGGCCCCCGGGACGAGCCGCUGAGGCCUCCAGUGCCGUCAGGAAGUAUGUGAGUCUGCAGGCCAUGAGACAGCAGUCGUCUGUGGUCGAGGACGGGACGCUGUCUUUCGUUAUUGACACUAGUAAACUCUAUAUAAAGGUUCCAGGAGGCUGGAGAGAGGUUCAGCUCGGCGGGCUGAUUGAGAUGUAUUCGUCCCCCGUCCUCUCACAGGAUGAUGCUGAACCCCUGAUUCUGACCCCACAAAUCAGCCACACACCCAAAAUACACACCGGAAACGCACUGAGGUUGGUGGCUCUCAACACGCCGCUGACGGGAAACCUGGGCUCCAUCCACUCGGUUAAUAAACUGUGCAGGACUCAAGCUCAAGCCAUGGGCAUCAGAGACGACUACAAGGCCUUCCUCUCACACCACCUACAGGACCUGAUUGACACCGUGCAGCCCAUGUACCGAACAAACUCACCGAUCGUCAACCUGAGGGGUGAGCUCCUGUUCAAGAACUGGGACAGCAUCUUCUCCAGCCCCCUCCUCCCCCCCGGCGUCCCGCUGUACUCCUUCGACGGCCGAGACGUGAUGAGCGACCCCUUCUGGCCUCAGAAGGCGGUGUGGCACGGCUCUUCAGAGAGAGGCAAGCGUCUGUCCGCUCUGAACUGUGAGUCGUGGAGAGCGGGUGACGUGGCCAUCACCGGUCAAGCGUCGUUCCUCUACAGCGGCUUACUGAACCAGCAAACACGCAGCUGCUCCAACCGCUUCAUCGUGCUGUGCAUCGAGACCAGCCACGACCAUCAAACCCUCCAGGAGCUCCACAAGGCACAGGAUCGCCACAGAAGAUGGUUCCACGGAUCCUGAAGCCCUCGGCGUCUGACGGAGGACCCAUCGAGCUCAGGCUGUGGCCACAUGAACUUUAACACAACCAAAGCCAUGGCUCUAGAAUGUAAAGUGUAUUGGCCGAUUCCCAGUGUUGGACUGCGGAGACUGUGCCGUCAUUUGUAUGCACUGUACUUUUCAUAUUGUAUUUUUUGUAUUUUCCAAAGAAAAGUCUUUUUUGAUCACGUCAUUUAUUUGUUUCUUAUUCUGUUUGUAU